UCAGUAUUGGGAGGGCCUUGCUUAUCUCACUGCCGCACAGUACAGAAGUCCGCCGGUGUCAUUUGGGGCAGAUACUUAACAGCCGGGAAAUCGACCUUAAAGCUCCAUUUCGUUGUGGAGCUGGAAGGGAGAUAGAACCACGAGAAGCUGCCAUGGCAAUUGCAACAAUAGUUCAGAUAUUGCUGAAAACAUGUGUAGUAGCACCGAUCUUGCUGGCGACCGAUGCGAGGCCUCCAGUAAACAGAGCCAAGGGAGCAUUCGGACUUGAGGAAGUAAUCUCUGGUGAGCUGAGUAGCGUCGGAUUUUCUGGUACAUGGAUAUCGGGAACUCAGUUUCUUUACACGGACCGACUUACAGGGGACGUCCUAAAGUACGAUGUGUCGACGCUUUCUGCCUCCGUUUUAGUUAAACGCCCAGUCUUGGAGGAGUACCGAGCCACGAGUUACGAACUCUCAGCUGACGGACUGUUCCUUCUCAUUGGUUACGACUUGCAGGCGGGAUUUCGCCAUUCCACUGUCUCCAGGUUCGUUAUCUACGACCUCAGUUCCAGAACGUACUCCCCUGUGGCUGGAGGCGCCCUGCUACAGUUGGUACGCCUGGCUCAGAAGGGCAACGCACUUGCCUUUGUGCUAGAUAACGACAUUUAUUACCGUCCGUCCAGCUACAGCGGCACCGAGGAGAAGCGCAUCACAUACAACGGCAUCCCCGGCGUCGUCUAUAACGGCGUGCCGGACUGGGUGUACGAAGAGGAGGUCUUGGGUUCGGGCUCAGCGUUGUGGUUCUCCCCGGAAGGCACGUCGCUGGCAUUCGCCACUUUCAACGACGGUGAUGUUAAAACGGCCUCGUAUUUCCAUUACGGAAACCCGGGUACCUUGGAUUCACAGUAUUCCGACACCAUAAAUAUACGUUACCCCAAGCCCGGAACAACAAACCCCCUGGUCUCACUCCAUGUGGUGGACCUUACGAAACCGUCGUUCAGUUUCGUGGAUCUCCCGGCUCCUGUAGACGUCGUCUCACUGGACCACAUUCUGUACACUGUCGACUGGGCAAAUGACUACGAGGUGUCCGUCGUUUGGACCAACAGGGUACAGAAUCUGGGAGUGCUGCAGAUAUGCACAGCGAGUACUGGCAACUGCCACACCAUACACCAGCUGUCCGAAACUGCCGGCUGGCUUGAAGUCGUGCCUCCAACUUUCGAUGGCAGUGGUGCACGACUAGCCACAGUGUUGCCACAAGACCAAGGCAGCACACAAGGCAAUUACGCUCAAGUUACUCUGCUCUCCCGGCGUGCUUCUCUACGAGAAUCAUUGGCAAUGGAAACGCCACUUACUUUCGGACGCUCCGUGGUAACGUACAUAUACGGAUGGGAUAAAACCAACGACACCAUAUACUAUCAAUCGACGCCUGAGCUCUCGCCAUCACAACGGCAUGUGUAUGCAGUGGCAGCAGAUGGCAGCAGCGCACCCCGCUGCCUGUCAUGCGACGUGCAGACUCUGGAAGGCCGUGCCUGCCUGUACGCCUCUGCUUCGUUCAGCACCGACCUCAGCUACUUGGCGCUGACAUGCUCUGGUCCGGACCCGCCUCACGUGGCCCUGUACAGGGCGAAGGAUGCGUCCCUGCUCGCACUGUGGGAAAUUAACCAGAAUCUGAGACAAAAAAUAGCAGGUCGAGACCUGCCGGAGAUAGUGAAUGUUGACGUGGAUGUGCCCGAUGGAUUCGUUGCAAAGGCACGCCUCUGGCUCCCACCUGGAGCAGACACUAGCGGUCAGACAAAGUACCCCAUGUUAGUCUACGUGUACGGGGGACCGAACUCGGUGCAGAUAUCUGACGCCUUCACACUGGGCUGGGGCGCCUACCUCACCACAAACCGCAGCAUCAUAUACGCUCUGAUUGACGGCAGGGGAUCAGGUUUGAAGGGAGAUGACAUGAAGUUCUCGGUGUACCGGCGCCUGGGCUCGGUGGAGAUAGAGGACCAAAUCUUGGUUACCAUCACACUGCAGAGUAGGUUCCCAUACAUUGACCAGACCCGCACUGCCAUCUGGGGCUGGAGCUAUGGCGGAUACGCGACGGCUAUGACACUGGCAAUCGAUAGGUUAGCCAUCUUCAAAUGUGGUGCUUCAGUGGCUCCCGUCACCAGCUGGAUCUACUAUGACUCCAUCUACACGGAGCGAUACAUGGGACUGCCCUCGUUAGAGGACAACCAACAAGGCUACAACAAUAGUGACGUCACGAGGCUGGUAGAAAAUUUCAGGGGAAAGCAGUUCUACUUGCUUCAUGGUAAUGCGGAUGACAAUGUGCACUACCUGCAGGCAAUGGAACUCAGCAGAGCGCUGGAACUCGCCAACAUCCUCUUCAGGCAACAGAGCUACCCAGACGAGAACCACAGCCUUCGUAGUGUGCUGCUCCAUGUAUACACCUCCAUGGAUCAGUUUUGGGCCCAGUGCUUCGAUCUGGACAAUUUUGCCGCCUACGGAUGAUUUCAUGAAAAUCGUAAGAAGAAGAAGAAGUGUGCCUACAGCUAAGUUGGUUCCUCGUCAGGCAAUCACUAGGAUCUCUCACGUUUGCAGUUGUGUGCUUUGCAAAAAUAAAGUUGAUUGUAUAGUACUCCCUGAGCAUCGUCAUGUUUAAGCGUGAGAUAUGCCUUUAUCCAACAUUGCUUAAAGAACAUUGGUUUAAGAGUUCCUAAAACAUUUCCCAGACAGACUUUAUCACACACACGGAAAUGUCAUUUUAAUGGCAGCAGGUACUAGCCCCUCUGCUGUCCAUUUCCAUCGAUAUGUUUAAUUUCAAUGUAAAAUUAGAAAAUAAAUGCAUUUUUAUU